AUGGCGGAAGAAAACCCUCCUGAAGCUCCAGCAGGAGAGGAAGCAGAAGCUCCCAAAGACGUGGAAUUAGUAGAAGUAGAAGAAGAAGAGAUUGAUCUCAGCAGAGGUGUCGCGAAGAGUAAUGAUUGGGAUGAAGAAGACGACGAGGAAGACACUCAGAUCUUGUUGGAUGGAGAGGAUUUGCUGCCAGACUUUCAAGAUCACUUUAGUUUGCCUAAAGAAUCUUGUAUGGUGAGAUCGAGAAAGAAGGCCAAUGGAGUUCGUGUGUACGACCCUGGUUUUUCGCAGCAAGUCGUCAUUGAAGAAACCUAUGAUGAAAACAAUGGACUCAAGAUUGAAGUCAAAAAGAUGACAGACGUGACUACCGGUCAUCAAUUGAUGAAUGCCUUUUAUGCCAUUGUCGCCGCUCUCUUUGCUGGAUUCCUCUUUGUCUUUUGUCUUCAAAUACUAUUGUUUGUAGUAUUGGACCUCAGUAUUGAGUCUGGUGCUACUAGUUUCAACAAGACGGCUGAUGGAGAAGAAGAUAAUUCCAUUCGAUGGUCCACUGUCAUCGGAGUGGCCUUUGCCCUCAUUUCCUUCUCGCACUACUUUGCCGAAGCCUUGGUCAUUGCUGGAUCCUUCAUCAUGGAUGCUUACAAUGACCAUCCAUUGUCUAGAACUUUUAUUCUCAAGGGGAACAAACAUGGACAUGUCAUUAUCGAAUGGCUCUUUCUCAGUUGCUUUUUCUUGUUUCCCAUUUUCGUGGGAUGCGUUGGACUUUUGGCGGCCAGUGACAAGUGGUGGUAUUAUACUUCUCUUUCUUGGUUUAUCUUGGUUAUGGCCUUUUUUUGCAUCUUUUGCUUUUGUGUGGUAUUUUAUGAGGUCGGAUCUUGCUACUCCUUUGUGGCCAAUCGUCAGGAUGCCGACUCGGACUUCAUUUUGGACGUGCUCAAGAGAUGCGUCUUGCUACGCCAAACGCGUCGAAUGUCGGGAUAUGUCACUUCCAGUGGACUUGCCCGAAAUGUCUUUACCAAUACGGAAGCGACGGACCAUACCAGGAAAUCACAAAUUUACAAAUCCAGUCUUGAGAUUCAUACCCCCAUUUGGACACGCUUGGUCUCGUGCAUGCCUUCUUUUCUCUACACCAAUCUAUCCGAAAACCCAAAGACCAUUCAUACUAUUCCAGAUGUUCAAGAUUAUCGUCCCUUCUUGACCAAACAUACUUGGUCCUUGGAACGCAUCUUUUGCCGACCGGAGCCUUCCCGGUAUAUCAGUAUUGUUAGAGGACCCGGGGCCUUGACCAAGGGACAAUUGAGAUCCAGUGUCAUUUGUUCCCUCCUUUCCAUGUUUUUCAUUUGCCUGUUGGUGGCCGGAUUCUUGGUAUGGUUUGGAUUGGGGGCCGGUCCCAUUAUCGUCUUUUUGCUGAUUGUCUUGGCCUUGUCUUGGUCCAGUCUGCGAAAUACCUACACCUUGGUCCGACUGGGCAAGGAUUUGAUUGAAGUCCGAGAAGCCAAGAAAACAAAUUACAAAAAGGCACAAGACAAAGCCCAGAAGGAAGGAGACGAAGAAAAUGGUCAAGCUGCCCCUCCUGCUGCUGCCGCUGAGUCAGAGCCAUCUCGUCGAAGUACUGUGACGUUCCAAAAGACGGAUCACAAGGCAAAAAUAUCAGAGGCUGUCUUUCAUAUUACGCAAUUGGAACGUCAUUACGAACCAACCGAAGCCCUAUGCUGGAUUUCGUUCAUUGUGGAAUUGGGUAUCUUCUUUGUCUAUCCAACCAUUUCUCUCUUUUACAUUGGAGAUUCCAGUUUGGGAGGAGUCUUUGUCGUAUUGUCCAUCGUCUCCAAUAUCAGAUGGUACAUGAACAUUGUCACUGCCAUUGAAGAAACAGGAAACAUGGAUUUGGUGGGUGGCGAUACUCCAGCGGAAACAUGGGCAAACAAAGCUCGUCUCAACCAAAUUGUUGGAUCUAUUUCCGCUAAUGGCGCCUACAAGGGCUGGAGAGUCCUCAUGACUUCACUCGGUUUUGCUUUUAUUCUCAUUUUGUUGACAACCUUUGAUUCGGGAGCCAUUGCAGCCGCCGCUGCGCCACUAACGUACUUGCCAUAUGGAGAAUGGGAAUAUCCAGGAGCUUCUGAAGAUAUGCGCUAUCCAACUUGUACUUUGAGUCGUCUCAAGGGAGGUUUUGCCGACCAAUCGACAAUGCUUGACUUUGCUUGGAUGGCUGGAGCUGCCUAUGUUGCGGACAAUCAAACCCAAGCAUCCCUUGACACUUGGUUUGAGAAUAGCCCGGGAGUGAUGGACUUACAACCCGUUGUCGAUGAAUUCCGUUCACGUGAAGAUCCCAAAAACGAAAUUGCCGUCAAGUUCAAGUUGAUCUCGGUUCCUGGUCCUGGGGCGGGAGAAACAACUGCCAUAAUCAUGAUUCGUGGUACCGUCAAUCAAUUUGAUAUGUUGGCCGAUGCGCAGCUAUGGAGUGCUGCCGCGCUUAUGCAGUGGCUGCGUGGAAUCAUUCCGAUUGGAGAAAUCUGGACGGAGAUCUUUCCCGAUUUGGUCAGUUGGAUGAACGCAGUGGCGAGUACCUCCAUUGAAAAGGUUGCCUUUUACAAGCUCACCACCAAGUUUGCCGAAGAACUGAAGGCAAACGGCGACUAUGCACACAUCCAAGUGACUGGUCACAGUUUGGGUGGUGGCCUGUCUUUGAUUACUGGUGCUCAAGCCAAGAUCCCUGCUGUCGGUCUGUCAGCUCCCAAUGCUCGUAUUUCUGGAAAGUCAUACGACCCACCAAUCGAUUGGCAUGACAUUAACAAGUAUGGAUUCAACAUUAUUCCAAAGCACGAUAUUGUGCCCAAAUUGGACGAUGUCGCCGAUAAUUGGCAACAAAUAGGAUGCAAUGCCGAUCUCAGCAAGGCCGCUGGGUUCUGUCACUUUGGUGUUCGGUCGAUAUGCGAGCUGAUGCACACUUGCGGUUCAGGCAAUCGUCCUGUCUUUUGCGAGUGUGUGACUGCUUACGGAUACGAGCCGCCAACGAGUCUAAGCGGUGAUCAAGCAAGCUUCGACCAGCUGUGUCCUAUGCCCGAAUAA